CAGUCUGCAGCAGUCAAGCUUAUAGGACGGCAGUCUCCUAUCGUCCAGUCGUUCAGGCAAAGUGCGGAAAAGUGAGGUUAGAUUGUUGAUUAACAAGAACAGGACAGGUCUGCCAUGUGUCGCAGGCGAUUGUUGAUUAUUCUGGCCAGUUUAUUGCUUUUGCUGACAGUCGUAAAGCGAUGCGAAGCCAUCGUCGGCGGAACACGGUCGGCGCCACCCCCGGUUGAUGAUCCGGUAGUAUUUGUGCGUUAUGUAGGGAGAUCCGCUCGAGUCGAGGGUACACGGAGCCGACAGACUGGUUUGUAUUCCUUUCGAGGCAUACGCUAUGCGGAGGCGCCCACCGGAGAAUACCGGUUCCAAAGACCGACUUUUAAAAGAUUGAGUGGCGACGUGAAUGCGAUCAAUAAUGGUCCACCAUGUCCUCAGCCAGAGCCUAAUAACCCUUACAAAGUAAUUGGGAAUGAAGAUUGUCUGCUGCUCAACAUUUUUACUCCCCAGAUGCCAGAUGAAACGACUGGUUUACCGGUUGUAGUGUGGAUUCACGGAGGAGGAUAUCGCUAUGGUUCAGCCGCCCAGUAUGGUGGAGAGCCAUUAACUCAGAAUGGAGUUAUAUUUGUUCCAAUUCAAUACCGUUUAGGAUCAUUCGGUGUAAUAGGCGAUGGUAGUCGGGAUUUUUCUGGAAACAUUGCUUUGUUGGACAUGGCAUCAGCGGUACGCUGGGUUAAAGAUUAUAUUUCAUGGUUUGGAGGAGAUCCCAAUCAGAUCAAAGUCAUUGGUCAUGGAUCAGGAGCGACGGCUGCCAUGGUUUUGACGUCCGCCACGAUGGCUCGUAGUUCGAUUUCCGGAGUUGUUGCCAUGUCGGGUUCUUCAUUGCAGCCAAAUUCGUACGAUUCUGAACCUGUUACAACGUUAAAUGAAAUAGUAUCGAAACAUGAUUGCUCUACCAGCAACGAAACAGAGAUUGUAAAGUGCAUGAGAGAAAAAACUGUUGAAGAUAUCAUCAAAGUUGAUAGCGAGCUGCAAGUGAGUCGGUUGAGUGGACAAAGAGCAGUAAAAGCUUUAACAGGAAACGUUGGUGUUAGUCCAGUUGUAGAGCAGAAAGAUGACGGUCGUGGAUUGUUUGGAAUGUUGACUGAGAAACCUGAGGUGUCCAUCACGGAAGGAAACUUUCCAAAAAUUCCUCUACUUAUAGGCGUAACCAAGGAUGAGACUGCCAAUGGUAUUGAUUUAAAAGAAAUACAAGCUACGUUUUCAUCUGCAUCCAAUUUUCUCAAAAGUACAAGCAAAAUGGUUGGCCUAGGCGAAUUCCUCAAUUUAAAUAAAUCAGUGGCUCUCUUGGAUUCCCUUGGCACUGUUUUGGAUUUAUCCAGUUACUUGGAAAUACCUCAGACCUGGAAUAUGGCGCAAGUGUUUGGAAAGUUAGUCGAAGCUACCACAGACGCUGUAUUCAACCUACCGGCUAUAGUAACGGCCCAGUCGUGGAGUAAAUCGUCGAAGUCAUUUUUCUACAGUUUCGAGCAUCGAUCCGAUAGUACAAAGGGUAGCGAUUUUCUUGCUGGUCUUCCACUGGUAUCGAAAACGAACUCAGAAAACCAAAAAACUGCCAUUGCUCAUGGUGAUGAGCUUGGUAUCCUCUUUGAUACUCAUGACAUUUACGGAAAUUUUAUCCAGAAAGCGGCGGUAAAGUCAAAACGCGACAUCAAUGCGAGACAGGCUUUUGCUACUUUCAUUGCCAAAUUUGCUCAUAUGAAUGCGAGCAAUCCGAGAGACGACAGUUUAUUCAAACCGUUUACGAGCAAAGGGACGCCUUAUAUCAAAAUUGGAGAGCAAAUCACCACAGACAACGACUUUAGAUUCUGUCAACUAUCUAUCUGGGGAGCCCAAUUGGAAGCUUUGAAAUCGAUUUCGUGUAAGUUCUUGGGCGAUGGCCUGGGUAGCAUUGGAAAGACUGUGGAUAAACUUACUGGACUCAUCACCGGUCAGCGUCCUGUGGUACCGAAUAAAGUUUUUGGAAUAUUUUAAUGAUAAAAUGUCUUGUAAUGUAUAAUUUGCUUUGA